AUGAAACAGACAAGAGUUCAAUCUGCUGCAACAAAUUCUCGUCUUCGAGAUAAUCAUUAUGAUCCUAAAGUACACGCAAAGGCUUGGAUUGCUCCAGGAAUCUUCAAUCAAUUACCUAAAUAUGAACAUCUAGAUUCUGGUCUAGUUGUUAUCCAUUAGAAGAAUAACAAAAUGAAAUAGUUUAAGGAAUUGUCGGAAUUAAACGAGGAGAUUCAGGAAAUGCAAAAGAAAGAUGAAUUCAGAAAAUUUAAAGAGUUUGAGAAUCUUUAUAAUGGAGAUUUAGUAGUGACAAUUGAAUAUUGUACAAAUUGUUCUCAGCAUGCAGGAUCAACUAGACAUGACGAGGAGAAAUAUUAUACAUUCGCCACCAAUUUAAAAUAGGAGCUUAUUUAGUAAUAUCCAACAGCAAAGGUUUACUUGAAGCCAUUGAUCUAUGAUCCCCAUGAUUACUCUAUAGACACUCUCUACAUUCAAAGGAGAAUUGGCGCAUUUGAAGUACAGGUCUGUUCAAAGAAUAGAGAUCAAGUCAAAAAAGGCUUAGUAUUUUCAAAGUUGAAUACUAAGAUUUGGCCUAAUUAUACAGAAGUCAUUGAAAGAGUUAGUGAUUAUUUAAAUACUGCUCCAUUAGAAAUUUACGUCAAUUUUGGUGAGAAUAUUAAAGGCAAUCUUAACAACAUUGAAGUUACUCUGACUCCAUAUAGAUAAGACAGACCAUAAUCAAGUGUCUCUAGGAUAUCUUCACAAACUAAAAAAACAAAUAGAACUGCCACAAAAGAAAGAAAAAUAAUUGCUAAAACUAAUAAUCAAGGAUAUAUUAAACUAGAAGAUGUUCCUGUGGAUGUCUAUGUUGUAGAAGUGCAUGAAUCUAAUGAUUAUCUUAAUGAACAAUUAUUAUUGAAUAUGGUAGAAAUGGCUGAAUAAAGUAAUGAUACUAUGCAAGUCGUUAUUAAACUAAGGAAAUAAACUCACUCUUAUUUGGAUAUUAAGAUAUUUAGUUAGUAGGGUGCAACCUUAACUGAAGCUAAAAUAACUAUAACAAAUCUUUAAACUCAAGAAAGUAUGUUAUCAAGAGAAAUUGAACCUGGUAGAUAUGAAGCAAUUUUAGAGCCUAAUUAAUAUACCUUUACUAUCUAAAAGAGAGGAUACAAAGAGCUGAGUUAGACUAUUGAUGCAGUUUAAGGAGUCAACGAAUUCAAGUUGAUUAUGGAAGUAGACCCAAAUGAUCAAUAACCAAUUAAACCACCUUAAUCAGCAAAAUAACUAUAACCAAUAUAAAAACCUAGUAGUGCUCGACCAACUAGUGCUUCUAGAUCAUAGUAAGGUAACAAUACAGCUUAAUCUCAAUAAUAAAUGAGUAAAUAAUAAUAAUCGUAGUAGUAAUAAUAGCAAUAACAAUAAUAGUUACCACCAAAACCAAAAUCUUAAUAAUAAUCAAUACAGUCCUAUGAAUAACCUGAAUAUAUGGAACCAACUAAAUAGGAAGCAAUCUCAAAUCCUAAUAGACCUAUUUCAGGUUAUAAAUCUACACAAGUAUUUAUUUACGAUCCUUACACUAAUUUACCGAUCGAAGGAGUUUAAGUAAUUUUGAAUGAAGAAUCUACAAAACAAUCAUAGACAUAUGUAACUGAUCAGGAAGGAACUUGUAGGAUUAUUUUACAAGGAGUUUUGGAAGGGAAAAUGGUGAUUUAAACGGAAGGGUAUUUCCCAAUAGUUGAAGAAUAUGGAACUACUUAAUCAAAAAUGAAUUUAUAUCAAUUGAGAGAAUUGUCAUUUCCUUUGAUUUAACAUCUAGAGGACAAGAAUUCAGUUAUGAUUUUAGUUCAAACCAAUGUUGAAGUGAUGCCAAUUGACAUCAAGAUGAUUCUACCUGAUAAUGUGUAGAUUGAUUAGAGUCAUCAGAAUGUACUCUACGAUAUGAAUGAUGAAUCUGGAUGUUAAAGGAUUAUUGUACAUGAUCUUAAUACUAGAAGAGGAGUGUAUAGAAUCAUUGCAGACAUAAUUGAACCUGAUUAUGUACAUCCUCAGCAUUUAAAAGUUUAUAUUAUAACCAAUAAAGACUUAAAAUUAGUAGAUGUCCCAAAAACAAUUAAUUAAGAACAAAUCUAUUGGGACUUAGGUGUAAUUUGUGCACCCAAUUCUGGAUUUCUAGAGAUCAAUACUCCCACUGAUGAAAUUUUGAAGAGAGAUAAAUAUCUUAAAGACUAUCAGAGUUUGUUGCAGUUCUUAAAGAAUUCUAAGAACAUGGAUUUGAAAACUAUCUUGGGAUUUAAUGAUAAGGAGAGACUAGAAUUAUAAGGUGAUGUCUUUGUUUAGAAGGAGAAAAUUAAAAACACUUUAGAUAAGUAUGGUUUUGAAGCAAUCACUAAUCUUGAUUAUUUAAUCUAUUCCGCCAUGAUGUCGAAUGGAUUGUACAGUUUUAAAAGACUGGAAUAGAAAUUUGGAAAUCUGGAUUUUGAAUUCAUAUUUGAUGAUGAGAAUUCAACUAGUAAGUAAAAGGAAAUGAGUGAAGAUGAACCUUAUGAUGAUGAUUAUGAUAUAUGA